AUGUCGAUUUCGUCUGCCAAAGCAAGCUUCCAAGGUGGUCCAACAUUGAGAAAGAAAAGAGUAGUUAGAUGUGGCUGUGGAGAUGUGUGCAAGGUAUCUGUUGCUCGAACACCUGAGAACUAUGGAAAGAAGUUUUAUGGGUGCCCUAAUUACAAGGUGGAAGAAGAGGACUGUGGUUUUUUCAAAUGGUACAAUGAAGAAGAUUACCACAUUAUCGACCCAACUCGUACAAAGCAGAUGCAGGGGCAGGGGCAGGGGCAUGGACAGUUGAAGACUUUGAAUGUUGUGACUUUAUAUUAUUUUGCUGCUGUUCUUAAUGGUGAUCAUUUCUUGAGUAGUUUUCCAGAUGAAAUGAGCAACAAAAUGAAUGUGAAAGAAGCUUAUACGUAUGUAAAAGGUGCAGUUUCAAGAUUCAUAACUGCUAGCAAAGAAGCUAUCAAUUUGGGUGCUGAUGAAUCUGCCAUUGUUGACAUGAGAUCAUCUCUUACUACUAGAUCAGUUAUUCACAACAAAUGA